CAAUUCCGAGAAGAAAGGAAUAAACAGGUCCAAAGAAAACAUUCACAAAGGUCAUUCACCAAAGAAAAAAAACAAAAGAAACAAAAAAUCAAUGCCUCCUCCUGCUCGAUCUCCGACCAUUGGGCGGCCUCCGCUUGCCGUCUCUCCUCGCCGCCUCCGCCCUCGUCAUCCUCCCCGCUAUGUACCUCCCCCCGAAAACCCUGAGAAGAAGACCCUCAAUCCCUCUCCCCAGAAGACCAUUUCAUCAGAUUUGCUCAAUAUCGCCAAAGGAAUCAAAGAAGAUCUGAUCAAUGAUGAUGACAAUGAUGAGAUCCGGAUCAGUUUCACACCGGCUAGCGCGAUGUUCGAAAGGGGGAGGAUGUAUGAUUUGUACUCGGCCCGGAGGAAUGAUCGGCUGAAGAGAAAGAUGGGAGAGGUAGGAGAUGAUGCUGAGAGUGAGAAUCCGGCAGCGGCGGUGGAGUUGGGGAAGAGGAGGAGCCAGAAGAAAGCGGAGAGUUUGAGGAAGUCCGUGCCGGCGGAUUUCUCAGUUGGGAGGAUUGGAAUGAUGAGCAAGGAGAUGAAAAAGAGUGCUCGGCCAGGAAAUGGUGUUAGGGCUUCUGUGGAUUCUGGGAGGAGGGUUUCUACGAGAUCUAGUUGCAGAGUUUGAUUUGAUUAUUUGAAAAAUCUCAACUGGCUUUGGGUUUCAUUUGGAAGGGAUUUGCUACUUUGUCCACUAUAUUUUUCUGGUUUGUUUGAUUGAUUAAGACCUUGGUUUUUGUUGGCUGUUUUAGUGGAAUGUUACUCUGUAUUUAUA